CGAAACUUUUCUUCCUCUCUCCUCUUCCUCUCUCCUCUUCCUCUCUCCCUUCUUCCCUUGUUGUGUGCAAUCGCUCGCACCUGCACCUGCACCUGCACCUGCACCCGCAUCUCUCCAGUCGGUCAACGACGAAGCAACAACGCCAGUAGCACGAUCAACAACAGCAACAACGGCAACAACACACGGCGACUCUGCCAGUUGAACGAUGAGCUCAGCGAAGCGCGCUGCAUCUGAAGGCAUUCCUCAGGAACCCUCCGAAGGCGACAUAACCAAGAAAGCCCGAAUGGCGGCCAAACCCUCCCGUGUUAUCCACAUCCGCAACCUGCCGGACUCGGCCACUGCUGCCGACCUGCUGCCGCACUUGAUGAAGUAUGCAACGCCCUCCAAUGUCAUUAUGAUGACCAACAAGCAGGCGCUUGUUGAGAUGCCCUCUGUGGAGGUUGCGUCGCGUGUCAUCGACUCGGAGCCCACCAUUCGCAUCCGCGACAGUCAGGCCUACCUCCAGUUCUCCGAGCACCAGGAGCUCGAGCGUGUGCAAACACGCGACACAAACCCUCCAAGCAAGUGCCUGAUUGCCAAGGUCACCAACCUUUCCUACUCCAUCUCCCUCCAGACCCUGCAUUCCCUCUUCUCCCGCGCUGGCCGAGUGGACAAGAUGGUUUGCUUCAUGAAGCAGUCGUUUCUGCAAGCCCUCGUGCAGAUGGACAGCGAGGCCUCUGCUGCGCUGGCGCGUCGUAUGCUGAACAACCAGGACAUUUACUCCGGCUGCUGCCACCUCGCCGUUGAGUUUUCGAAGCUCAAUGAGGUCACCGUCCGCCAGGACAGCGAUCCAGCCAGGGCCCGCGAUUUUAUCCGCAGCCCGCUCAUGGACGGCGAGACGCUGCCCAACACCCCCAUCAACCUCCAGCCGCAACAGCAGCAGAUGAUGGGCAACACGGGCGCCAUGAACGUGAUGGCAACCAUGCAGGGCAUGUCGCCGGCUAUGGGCCCGAUGGGCGGCGCCAUGGGAGGCCAAAUGCCGCAGGCGCAGGCCCCUGGGAUGCCGACAAUGGGUAUGGGCUCGGCAAUGGGCAUGCAGAUGGCACCAGGCAUGCCGGCCACCACCCCAGGAUGCGUCGUCCUCGUCAGCAAUCUGAACGAGGCCACCAUCCAGCCGGACCACCUCUUCAUGCUCUGCGGCGUCUACGGCGACGUCACGCGAGUGAAGAUUAUGCACAAGAACCGGUCGCGUGCGCUGGUGCAGUUUAUGCUGCCGCAGCACGCCGCCACAGCCAUCUCCAACCUCAACGGCCUGCCGUUCCAGGGCAACCAGCUGCGCCUGGUGCUGUCCAAGUUCCCCGAGGUUGCCCUCCCGCGCAACGACGAGGAGGCGCAGCUGACCAAGGACUACUCCAAGUCCAAGAUCCACCGCUUCAAGAGCCAGGAGAGCUACAAGCACAUCCACCCGCCCUGCCCCGUGCUUCACCUCUCCCGCCUCCCGGCAGAGGCAAAUGACGUCUAUGUCACGCAGCUGUUUGUCACGCACGGCUUCCAGCCCAAGCGCGUGCACAUGUUCCCCGAAGACAAGAAGAUGGCGUUUGUUGAGCUGAACAGCGUGCAGGAGGCGGCAGAGGCGCUGGUGGCCCUGCACAACAAGAUGCUUGGCGACAACCUCUACCUCCGCGUCGCCUUCUCCCGCCACGCCCACCUUUCCUGAGCUGCUGCUGCUGUUGUGUUUUGUUUGUGGGCGGUGCGUCGUUGCUGGUGUCAGCCCUCCUCUCGGGUCUGGUGUCGCUGCUGUCAUCUGAAUCGCUCUGUUUGCGUGUGCUGACUCCACACGUCGUCUAUGGUGUGCUGACCCCACACGUCGUCCAUGGUGUGCUACCCCGUUGCUGUCCCCCCUUGUUCCCCCCCCCCCCCUCCUCGCUGUCUCUAAUCAUAAGUUCUCCUCCCUCGUCAUUCUCCUCUUCCCCGUGUACACGACCAUGUGUGUUGCGUGUGUUGGCAGUGGCGCUGGUGUUUUUGGUGUUUGUGCUUGUUGCGUGUUCACGUCUUGUUUGUGUUCCCUCCUCGUGUGCGUUGCCGUGCUGCUGGCACACACGCCUUGUUUCUGUCCCGCGUGCAUGCUUGUUGCUGAGAGUGUGUUGUUUUUUCGUUUGUUUGGUUGCCUACUUCUUUCUCGAGAUUGAAGUUAGCUCUUCUCCUUCCCCUUCCUCUCCGUUUUGUUGUUGCGUGUAUCGUCCCGCUUCUUCUUGUUCUUCCCCCUCUUGCUUGUGCCAGUAUCCCAUACAAUACACAACCUCUGUUGUUGUUCA